GUUUGAAAGACUAACUCCGCUCAGAGAAAUGGCAGAAACCGCUCCAUCUGCUGCCGCUCCGCCGGCCAAAGCGCCCAAGAAGAAGUCCGCCGCCAAAGCCAAGAAAGCAGGUCCAGGCGUCGGUGAGCUGAUCGUCAAAGCCGUGUCCGCGUCCAAGGAGCGGAGCGGCGUGUCCCUCGCAGCCCUGAAGAAAGCUCUCGCCGCCGGCGGCUACGACGUGGAGAAGAACAACUCCCGCGUCAAGCUUGCCAUCAAGAGCCUGGUGACUAAAGGCACCCUGCUGCAGGUCAAAGGGACCGGGACCGGCGCCUCCGGCUCCUUCAAGAUCAGCAAGAAACCAGCCGAGACCAAGAAGAAAGCUGCUUCUAAAGCCAAGAAGCCCGCGGCCAAGAAACCCGAUGCUGCAAAGAAGCCCGCCGCCAAGAAAUCGCCCAAGAAGGCCAAGAAAUCCUCUGUAGCCGCUAAGAAGACGACGAAGAGCCCCAAGAAGACCAAGAAACCCGCAGCCGCUAAGAAGGCGACGAAGAGCCCCAAGACAGCAAAGCCAGCGGCGCCUAAGAAAGCAGCCAAGAGCCCCAGAAAGGCCAAGACUGCCAAACCCAAGGCGGCAAAGCCUAAAGCGGCCAAGCCCAAGACUGCCAAACCCAAGGCGGCAAAGCCUAAAGCUGCCAAGCCUAAAAAGGCAGUUCCCAAGAAGAAAUAA